AUGGCAGAUCAUCGCGAAAAAGUCAUGAAGUUCCACAGAAACAUUCACAGCAACCUUUCACCAUGUCUUCGACUUCUUUUCUUUCUUCUGGGCGCAUCGAUCUGCAUUCUGUUCACUCUAUUGGUUCCUUUCUCGCCGUUCUAUGGGACAGAACACGCUGAUGAUGGCCAAUCCGAUACUCAACUUGGGCUCAUCGCCAGUCUACUUAGAGACAGCUUCCCUUGCGGUAGAGAUGCUCCUACAGCAUUAUCACGUGGUUGCAAGUUUGAGUCAUAUACGGCGACAUGGCAACCUCCGCAAUGUUUUGACUCGGCUCUGGAUGCUGAGUUCCGCCAGGCUCGCCCAUGGAAGUUCUUCACAGCUCGCAACUCGACCUCUCAAUUGUCCUGGAUAGAUACGGAGAUGAUCACUCAAGGACAGGCUUGGACGACAUGGGAGUUCCAUCUAUAUUCUUGUGCUUACCUCUGGAAGAAAGACGUCAAGAUCGCCCACGGUCUGGUCUCUGGCACUAUCGACUACCAUCAGUGCCUGGACCACGCGCUGAUGCAGGACUAUGCAAGACCCAAGGACCAUGUGAGCAUUCCUUACUGGCCACGAUUUACUUCUUGUCGACCACCCAGCGACUUAUCUGUUCACCAGUUUGAUCUAAGGCCUGGGGUGGAGAAGGGACUCGAUGGUGAUGGACAUCUAGCUGUAGUGCAUGGUUAUUCUCACAUCCAUGGGUCAAAUAAGGAAUUCGAUCACGCUCCGAGGGAAUGA